GCGCAGCGACACGACGUGUGUAUGUGUCGAUGGGGGAGGGGAACCGCUCAGGGGAGGGGGCACAGAAAAAAAGGCUGGGAUGUGAAUUCUCGUAUGAGGCGAGGGGAAACAGGAAGAUCUCGGCUCGGCGGAGCGACGCGCAGCCUACUGUCGGCUUUUCAACUGGCGCCCUCAGCUCCACUCGCCGACUUUGGCAUGCGGUGAAAAUGCAUUGCCGUCGUCCCUCAGAGGAAAAAUACAAGAAGCAGCGACACCCCCUCCCUUUAAACAAAGGUCAAAGUUCACAGGAAGCUGGGGGGCUGCCAUUUUUCCCGUGCAAACAUUUUAGAUGCAAAAGAGCUGAAGAGUGGUGGUCGCCGUGCGUGUUUACUGUGUAGAUUUUUAAAGUUUUCUCCCCCACCCCCCUCCCGCUCGCAGACGCGCCCGUCUGUGGAUGAAGAGGACAUGGAGAGGGUAGCGGAGCAGCCGUGGAAUUCGUCCUACACCUACCAGGUGAGCAAGCACAGCGCCGAGAUGCUGCACAACCUCAACGCGCAGAGAAAAGAUGGAGGCCGCUUCUGCGACGUGGUGCUGCGCGUCGGCGAGGAGAGCUUCCCGGCGCACAGGGCGGUGCUGGCGGCCUGCAGCGAGUACUUCGAGUCUGUGUUCAGCUGCCAGGCGGAGGACGGCGAGACCAAGGAGCUGGAGAUGCACACCAUCAGCCCCAAAGUUUUUAAGGACAUCCUGGACUUCGCGUACACCUCUAGGAUCGUGGUGCGCCUGGAGUGCUUCCCCGAGCUGAUGACUGCCGCCAAGUUCCUGCUGAUGCGCUCGGUCAUCGAGAUUUGCCAGGAGGUGAUCAAGCAGUCCAACGUGCAGAUCCUGGUCCCGCCUACACGGGGGGACCUCAGCCUGUUUCGCACGGCGCCGGCCGCCGACCUGGGUUACCCCGUCCCCCUGGACAUGUCCAACGGCGCGGCACUUCUGGCCAACGGUUCCGCCUUCGGGAGCAACGGGCAGACCCACGACGUGGAUGGCGCCCAUGCCCCCGGGUCGGUGCUGUCUGGCGGUGGUUCCCAAUCCGCCCUGUCGGCGCUACACGCCGUCGACAGGCCGCCGGGGACGCAGGCGGAGCUGGCCGGGAACCCCUUUCAGGGUACCGUUAAGAGAGGCAGGGGGCGGCCGAAGAAGGUGCCGACCAUGGAGCCGGUGCUGUUCAACCACACCGCGCACAAGGAUCACAGCGUUUACCCCUGCGGUGUCUGCGGGAAGGUGUUCACCGAGGCAGUGCGCUUGCGGAACCACGAAGCGCAGCAUGCAGCGUCCAGCGCCGCCGGGAACGCGUCGGCGGCCGUGGGCGUGGGCGGCCCCGGGCUGCUGGCCCACCCCCAGGCUGGGCUGCUGGAGAACGGCGUGGUGCUGCACGUUGCCGCUGACGGCGGCCGCAAGCGGGAGCGGACGAGGCGCCACGUCGGCUGCGACAUCUGUGGGAAGGUGUUUCGGGACGUGUAUCACCUGAACCGCCACAAGCUGUCGCACUCCGGCGAGAAGCCGUACGCCUGUCCGGUGUGCGGGCUGCGCUUCAAGCGCAAGGACAGGAUGUCCUACCAUGUGCGCUCCCACGACGGCUCUGUGGGAAAGCCGUACGUCUGCCACAGCUGCGGGAAGGGCUUUUCCAGACCAGAUCAUCUGAACGGACACAUAAAACAGGUCCACACGUCAGAGAGACCCCACAAGUGCCAGAUAUGCAACGCCUCCUUUGCCACACGAGACCGGCUGCGGUCCCACCUGGCCUGUCACGAAGACAAGAUCCCCUGUCAGGUGUGUGGGAAGUUCCUGCGGGCUGCUUACAUGACGGACCACCUGAAAAAACACAGCGAGGGGCCUCACAACUACUGUGCCAUAUGCAACAAAGGUUUCUCCACUGCCUCCUACCUUAAGGUGCAUGUAAAAACGCACCACGGCACUCCUCUGCUCCCUGCUGCCACUGCGCACCCCUUCCCCGAGCCCCGCGAGUCUCAGACGCACAAUGGCACCCCCUACCACUCGGGACGCCCGUGCGCAGUGGAAGACCUGUGCACCAGUCGGAGGCUGCUGGUCGCAUUCCCCGAGGCGGAGGGCCGUUUCCGCGGGCUGGCUGGGCCCCCGGUGCUGCCCCCGCCCUGCCCCCCCAGUCUUAGCUUACAGCCCGAGCUCCUCCUGGGCAAGCCUGGGGGAGCUCCCUAUUUCUGGGAGUGCCGUGCUGCUGGGGCGCCAGGCUUUCCCCCGCAAGGGCCUCCUGCAGACGGGCAGGAAGAUGUCAGCAAGUGUCCUCACCAGGACUCCGGGAGCUCGGAUACUUCCUUUGGAGAGCUCUCCGACGUUGGGGAGCUUAAGUCUCAGCGUAAAGGGCCGGAUGCUGGGCUGAGCGGGUUCCCUUGCCCCGGGGGGGGCGCCGGAUCCACAGGCGGGGGCGGCAAAGCCAAAGCGGACUCUGAAAAGAAGCACCCGUGCAGCGACUGCGGCCAGGCCUUCCGCUCAAAGUCCUACCUCAACAAGCACCUGCAGCGGGUACACGGCGGAGCUCAGAAAGGGGUUUCGGGGGCGGGGGCCGCCCUCGGGGACCUGCCCCCCUCGCUGGGGUCUCCCUUCUCUCCUCAGCAGAACAUGUCCCUUCUGGAGUCAUUUGGCUUUCAGAUUGUACAAUCGGCCUUCGCCUCCUCCCUGGCUGAUACAGAAGCUGGUCAGAGCAGCAUGGGGAUGGGGGGCAAAUGAACUCGGAUCAGCCUGUACCACCCCCCCCCCCACCGCCGCAUGGGUUGGUGUCGGGAGUUGCAAGGGGCAGGCGGUACAGGAAUGAGGCUGAUUUUACCUGCCCAGAAUCUUUAUUUUGUUGGGUUUUAUAAGUGUGUGGAUCGCAAACUACCCACUUUUGGGCCAGUUUGUAUGAGAAGUGUACAUAAAUAUUCAUAUAUUGGCUUAUUAAUUUUGAACAGAUGGUAUCAUCUUUUUAACAAGCUCCCCCUUGAUACCACGAAGAUGUGAUUUUUAGUGACAUAACAGGUCCCCCCCCCCCCCCCCCC